AUGGCUAGACUCAAUAUUGGAAACAUCAACCCGCACGUCGUCGAGGCUAAAUAUGCCGUUCGUGGUGAGCUAGCUGUCAAGUCCGAGGAGUACCGUGCCAGACUCAAGAAGGGCGACAAGACCCUACCCUUCUCUCAAGUUAUAAGUGCAAACAUCGGCAACCCUCAGCAGCUUGAUCAGAAGCCUAUCACUUUUUUCCGCCAGGUCCUGAGUUUGCUCGAGAACCCUAAACUCCUAGAGCACGAAGAUGUUCUGAUAAAUGCUCUGGGCUACAAGACGGACGUGCUUGAACGGGCAAGAUGGCUUUUAGACCACGUCGGCAGUGUUGGAGCAUAUAGCGCCAGCGCUGGUGCACCGGUCAUCAAGGAAAGCAUUGCGAAGUUCCUUGAAGAACGAGAUGGCUUCCCCGCCGAUCCGGCGCAUAUCUACCUCUCGGCUGGUGCGUCUUCGGGCGUCAAUACCCUCCUACACAUCCUCUGCGCCUCUCCCAAUAGCGGAGUCCUUGUACCUAUCCCCCAGUAUCCGCUCUACACCGCUUCGCUCUCCGUCCUUAACGCAAAAUGCGUUCCGUAUUAUCUCGACGAGGCCGCUCACUGGAGUACGUCACAUGAGGCCAUCAAGGAGUCUUACAGCAAGGCUAAAGCUGAUGGCAUCGACGUUCGCGCCAUCGUCAUCAUCAACCCGGGUAACCCAACAGGCGCUUCGCUAUCCGAAGAGGAUGUUCGGUCCGUCCUAGAGUUUGCUGCCGAGGAGAAGCUUGUGGUCAUGGCCGACGAAGUCUACCAGACCAAUGUCUUCAUUGGUAAAUUCCACAGCUUCCGCCAAGUUCUGCUUAAAUUACAAAAGGAGUUUCCCGGAAAGUACGAUGACGUUGAACUCGCAUCUCUACACUCCAUCUCCAAGGGUAUGGUCGGCGAGUGCGGCCACCGUGGCGGCUACUUUGACCUGAUCGGCUUCAAGGACGAGGUCGAGGAGCAGAUCUACAAAUUCGUCUCCAUCACUCUGUGUGCCCCCGUUAUCGGUCAGUGCCUAGUCGAACUUAUGGUCAACCCGCCCAAGCCCGGUGAGCCCUCGUACGAACUUUACAACGAGGAGUACAAUGCCAUAUACAAUAACCUCAAGUCACGUGCAUACACGUUAUACGAGGCCUUCAAGGAGAUGGAAGGCGUUGAGUGUGGCGAACCCCAAGGUAGUAUGUACAUUUUCCCUACCAUCCACGUGCCUCCCAAGGCUGCCGAGGCUGCUAAGAAGGAGGGCCGUACGCCCGAUGAGUUCUACUGCAUACGCCUGCUGGAAGCUACGGGUGUGUGCGUCGUGCCCGGAAGUGGCUUUGGUCAGGCUGAGGGCACCCUGCACUUCCGCACCACCUUCUUGGCACCCGGCACUGAGUGGGUCGGCUCAAUCAAGAAGUUCCACAAGGAGUUCAUGGACCAGUAUAGAUAG